ACUACAAUUGUAACUAGAGAUCAGGUUUCUUGAGCAAACUGCCUCAAGAUCAGUCAAGUGAUUAAACUCCUCUGUUUUAGUAAAUGUAGCAUCUUUUGGUAGAUUACCAAGCCUCAAAUACCCAUAUUUUCGUUCUGGUUUCAUUUUCUAAAUCACAUGGUUAAAUUUAUCUUUUUAUUUCUUUCCUUUAAUCUCUUCACUGUGUCCAUUGCAGGAGACACAAUGACGCCGACCAAAUCCAUUGGAGAUGGACAAACCUUAGUCUCGUCAGGUGGGACCUUCGAACUGGGCUUCUUCAGCCCUGGUGACUCGAAGAAUCGGUACUUGGGGAUAUAUUACACUCCAGAUAAAAUAGUUGUGUGGGUUGCCAAUAGAAUCUCUCCCCUCAGUGGCUCCACGGGGGUUCUCAAUCUCACAGGUGAUGGAACUCUGGAAAUUGUAAAUAGCACCGGAUAUAUUUUUUGGUCCGCAGGCACAUCAAAUGCAAUCAAUCCCGUUGUACAGCUCCUGGACUCGGGAAAUCUCGUCCUGCUUGAAGGAACUUCGAAGACUUUAUUGUGGCAGAGCUUCGAUCAUCCAACUGACACACUUCUGCCAGGUAUGAAGCUUGUACGAGACUUCAGAACCAAUCUUGACACGUAUCUCACAUCAUGGAAGAGCUCCUCCGACCCUUCACCAGGGGACUACUCCUACAAGAUAAAUAGCAAUGCAGCACCAGAGCUUUUCUUAUGGAGAGGAUCUGACCUAAUAUAUCGCACUGGACCCUGGAACGGACGUGGAUUCAAUGGCAUUCCAGAGAUGAAAAUAACUAAUCUGUUCAGGUUUCAUCUAACUUCCAAUAAGUCUGAGGCCACCUACAGCUUCGAAAUACUGGACAAUUCUAUUCUAUCUCGUCUUGUGUUGAACGAGACUGGAGUGGUUCAGCGUUUCGUACGGUCUAAACCAAACCUUGGAUGGGACCCUUUCUGGUGGCAUCCAAAAGACCCGUGCGACGAGCAUGCUAACUGUGGAGCUAAUGGCAUAUGCAGCACAAACUACUCACCCGACUGCGAUUGUUUGAAGGGAUUCAGUCCCAAGUCUCCUCAAAAUUGGAGAGUGAGAGACAAUGCUGAUGGUUGUGUGCGCAGAACAGCUCUAAAUUGUUCGUCAGGUGAUGGUUUCUUCGGGCUGCAGCAAGUGAAGUUGCCAGAUACAUCAAAUGCCACCGUGCACAGCAACGUAAGUCUGGAAGAGUGCAAAGACUGGUGCCUGAAGAACUGCUCUUGCAGUGCCUAUGCCAUCAAUGAAUGGAGUGGAUGUAUCACGUGGACCGGAGAUCUGGUAGAUAUCAGAGUGUUCACUGAAGGAGGGAAGGAUCUAUACCUUCGGCUUGCAUCUUCUGAAUUAGGUAACGAUUAUUUCCUGAGAGGGGAAUUUAAACCAGUAAAUAUAUAGACCACAAUUGCAACUCCUGAAGGACCUGGAUUUGGCUGUUGGGUUGCAUCGGAUGACUAGAGAGAGUAUCGCAGACCUCUUAACAUCAAUUUUCUUUUCGCAACUUUUCUCCUUUUUUAGCCCCAUUUAGCUUAGCGUGCUUAUCAGAGAACUGAUGGUCCAGGUUCCAAUUGUAGUACCUACAUAAGCUUAGGUGGGAAACGAUUAGAAUAACAAUGUGGCUUUUCUCUGUUCAAAAUAGAUGGAGUCCCAAACCAGAGUCAUGUUGAGAAGUUCCUCCAUUUUGCUUGAGUAUUGCAGUCUUUCAUGGUAAAAUUUCCUCCCUUUUGCUGACGAGGUCAUGAUGAAGUUUAUUUGCUUUAGAUAAAUAUGUUGUACGUUACCAAUUAAUCAAAAUAAUAUCUAAGUUAUAUAAGUGCAAUGACAACUCCGUGAUAUUAAACUUUUCCUGUGAUUGGCAGUAAGGUCCAUGUCCUCCCUAUUACUCAUCUUAUUCUUAUGCAAUGCUAGGACUUUCUACAAUUGGUUUUAACACGCCAGUAUUAUGAACGCACUCUUUUCAAUUAAAAUUUAUGGUAGCCUCCCUCUUUUUCCAAACAAACAUCCAAUAUUUGUAAGGUAAAAGAAAGUAAUUUUGCUAACAUAAUGUCUAAUGAGGAGGAUUUAUCUUAAAAUCAUUGAAAUAAACAAUAAAUUAAUAGUUAAUAACUAAUCCUUUUGCCGAAUCACAUCCCUUUCUCACUGAAGGGAACACCAAGAGAUACUUUUCUACAUUUUUUGAGAGAACAUAUUUUUCUACAAUUAAUAUUGCCGUACAUUUCUUUGUUGCUUUAUAUGGUUCUAAGUGAACCUGACUUGGUGAUAUAGUUCUGUUAAGUUUGUAAUUGUCCGCACAUGCUGAAUCUAGGAACAUUUUCUCAUGCAGAAAUAUAAUUAUAUACCAGUUCUAACAUACAUGUCACAAAACACAUUUAUAUGAUAGGUUAGCGUAGAACAAAACAUAUAACUGAUAUUCCAUAUCAUAAAAAAUGUACCCAAGUCAAAGUCCUAAUUCCAAAAUAUUGUUGUGCAGAUCAUAUAAGCGGUAAUUAUGGUAAAAAGAAGCCUGUGAUAGCCAUAAUCAUUUCUUCAUUGGUAGCGUUUCUUCUGUUUGUGUGCUUGCUUCAACUCCUGUGGAGGAAGAACAGAAAAAGAAAGCAAGGUACUUACCCCUUUACCUACACAAACAGACAUGAUCUAUCACUUAUACCAGCUAUUAUAUAAAAUGAUGAAUUGUACUUCUAGUAUUAGCAUUGAUUUCUUUAACAUUUCUCAGAACAGAUUUCAUCAACAUUUGGCACUAAGAAUCCAUCAAAUAAUUUUAUGCCUACUAGCAACAUACAAUAGUAUUCAAUGCUCAAGCUAACAAGUACUAUGAUUUCAUUCAGGUUGUGCAAUACAUAGAAUAAUUAAGUUGACAUCUCUCAUGAGUCCAUUAGAAGUGCAACGUAUUGGUCCUGUGCACCAAAUAGCAUUCUUUAGAUAACUUAAGGCACAAACGACCACUUCAUCUAUGUCAAAGAAUUUUGGUCAAAUUACAAGCAUUUCACUCCUAUCUUUAUUCUCUAGUUUAUUUCUAUAGAGCUAGUUUGUGGAUGCCUUGAUACAUCACAAUCCUUCUUGGAAUUGAUGUCUAAGAAAAGCUAGACAAGGAAUGAAAAUUCUCUUCAGAACCAAAACAUAUGAGCAAAUGUCAAGCUCAUUGUAAUUAGAGGUGGCAAUCGGGCCGGAUCAGCCCAAUUACGGGUCUGGUCGGAUACAAAAUAGAUCAAAAAUCUGUCUAUUCAAACCCGACUUAUUUAUUAAACAGGUCAAAAAUCCAGACCCAUGCUUAACCGUUUUAUUAAACAAGUAAUCCAAGCCAACCUACAACAGAUUGAAUCAAGUUAGAUAGGUUAAGGAUUGCCACCACUAAUAUUUGCAAUGGAAGUGUUUUUUAAUGUUCUACAAAAAGGUUCAGUUGAGCAUUUCCCUUCUAGAAAAAGUUGUGGCCAAGAAAUAACAAUCAGUGAACAUAUUGAUUAGUAAAUGAUCCCUAGGGAUGAAAAAUGAUGCAAUAAAGACCAAUAUGGUGGAAAGAUGCUAAUUCUCUUGUUCUCUUCCUCCAUCCAUUUAACACCUUAAUGUUGAGUCUGACUUGGCUCAAUUUUAGUUAAAUAAGGACUAAUUUCUCCCAUGAUUCUCCAUCUACAUUUACAUUCUGUAGAUAUUUUUUUUGGUUUAGCUUUUGUGUUUAUUGUGUCUCAAGGGGAGAAAGCUGUAGCUGCGAAUGGUCGUUGGGUAUCCUCUAACAUGUUUUUGGUAUCCAAAAGCUUGUCUAAGACAAGUCGUGUGCAUAUCGCUUUCUAGAGCUGCCAAAGCUCUAUGGCCAUUACGGAUGGAAGAUGCAAGAUCUUUAGGCGUCACCUAUAUUCAGAUAACAGUUUAGAAGUAACUCUAAGAAGAAUUUUAUGUAAAUAAAAAAUCAAUACAAUAUAUAUUCUCAAAAACCAAAAAGAAAUCUAUUAGAAAACUUUCAAAAUUGUUUUAAGCAAAAAAGGAAAGCAAUAUUAUACAAGGAUACAUAUGGUAUGACGUACUAGAAAAGACACAUAAAAGAAAUCAUGACCUGGACCGAACCAUGUGAAUCCAAUGCCCCAAAAACUGCAUCACCACAGCACAACCCAAUGCCUCCCCAAUGAAUAUGGUUCUGGUGGAGAAAAUAAAGCCCCUCAUUUCACACCAUGCCCAAGAUAGAGAAUAAUACAGUGGUUAUUCAACACUAACAGCUGGUAACUGAGCUAGCUGGCAUCCAUCUCUCCAAGUGAGAGGUCUCGUAUUCAAACCUGAGUAGUGGCAAAUAACUAUCUUAUUCUCAAAAAA